GCGCCAGAGCGCGAGCGUGGCGCGGCGGCGAGAGGAGCCGCGCGUGGCGCCGAGCUCGGGACUGCCCGGCGGGGCCGCCCGCACCGCCCCCCCCGCCAUGGCCGCGGCCCGCCCGGGGGCCCCCCCGCCGCCGCCGCCGCUGCUCCCCCUCCUGCUGCUCCUGGUGCUCCCCGGCGGUCGCCGCGCUCUGGAGGAGACCCUGAUGGACACGAAGUGGGUGACCUCUGAGUUGGCAUGGACAACUCAUCCAGAGACAGGGUGGGAAGAAGUCAGCGGUUAUGAUGAGGCCAUGAACCCCAUCCGCACGUACCAGGUGUGCAACGUGCGGGAGGCCAACCAGAACAACUGGCUUCGCACCAAGUUCAUCCAGCGCCAGGACGUCCAGCGCGUCUACGUGGAGCUGAAAUUCACCGUGCGGGACUGCAACAGCAUCCCCAACAUCCCCGGCUCCUGCAAAGAGACCUUCAACCUCUUCUAUUAUGAGUCGGAUACCGAUUCUGCCUCUGCAAAUAGCCCUUUCUGGAUGGAGAACCCCUAUAUCAAAGUGGAUACAAUUGCCCCAGAUGAGAGCUUCUCCAAGCUGGAGUCUGGCCGCGUGAACACCAAGGUGCGCAGCUUUGGCCCUCUCUCCAAGAAUGGCUUUUACCUGGCCUUUCAGGACCUGGGAGCCUGUAUGUCCCUCAUCUCCGUCCGGGCUUUCUACAAGAAAUGCUCCAACACCAUUGCUGGCUUUGCAAUCUUCCCGGAGACUUUAACGGGGGCUGAGCCCACUUCUCUGGUCAUCGCACCGGGCACCUGCAUCCCAAACGCGGUGGAGGUGUCUGUACCCCUGAAGCUGUACUGUAACGGCGAUGGCGAGUGGAUGGUACCCGUGGGAGCCUGUACGUGUGCUGCCGGAUACGAGCCGACCAUGAAGGAUACCCAGUGCCAAGCGUGUGGCCCGGGAACCUUCAAGUCUAAGCAGGGGGAAGGUCCGUGCUCUCCCUGCCCUCCCAACAGCCGGACCACCUCCGGAGCAGCAACAGUCUGCACGUGUCGAAACGGCUUUUUCCGAGCAGACACGGACCCCGCAGAUAGCGCCUGCACCAGCGUCCCCUCCGCCCCCCGCAGUGUCAUCUCCAACGUGAACGAGACGUCGCUGGUGCUAGAGUGGAGCGAGCCACAGGACACGGGCGGGCGGGACGACCUGCUCUACAACGUCAUCUGCAAGAAGUGCAGCGUGGAGCGGCGCCUCUGCACCCGCUGCGACGACAAUGUGGAGUUUGUGCCGCGCCAGCUCGGCCUCACCGAGCGUCGCAUCUACAUCAGCAACCUGAUGGCCCACACCCAGUACACCUUCGAGAUCCAGGCUGUGAAUGGCAUCUCCAACAAGAGCCCCUACCCUCCCCAUUUCGCCUCUGUCAACAUCACCACCAACCAGGCAGCCCCGUCUGCCGUGCCCACAAUGCACCUGCACAGCAGCACCGGGAACAGCAUGACGCUGUCAUGGACUCCCCCGGAGAGACCCAACGGCAUCAUUCUUGACUACGAGAUCAAGUACUCGGAGAAGCAAGGCCAGAGCGAUGGCAUCGCCAACACGGUCACCAGCCAGAAGAACUCGGUGCGGCUGGACGGGCUGAAGGCCAAUGCUCGGUAUAUGGUGCAGGUCCGGGCGCGCACAGUGGCUGGAUAUGGCCGCUACAGCCUCCCCACCGAGUUUCAGACAACUGCAGAGGACGGCUCCACCAGCAAGACUUUCCAGGAGCUGCCUCUGAUCGUGGGUUCGGCCACUGCAGGGCUGCUAUUCGUCAUCGUUGUGGUGAUCAUCGCUAUCGUCUGCUUCAGGAAAGGGAUGGUUACUGAACACCUCCUCUCGUCUCCUUUGGGCAGGAAGCAGCGCAACAGCACGGACCCUGAGUACACGGAGAAGCUGCAGCAAUACGUCACCCCUGGGAUGAAGGUCUACAUUGACCCCUUCACCUACGAGGACCCCAACGAAGCCGUCCGGGAAUUUGCCAAAGAGAUUGACAUCUCCUGCGUCAAAAUUGAGGAGGUCAUUGGAGCAGGGGAGUUUGGCGAGGUGUGCCGCGGGCGCCUGAAGCUGCCCGGCCGCCGCGAGAUCUUCGUGGCCAUCAAGACACUGAAGGUGGGCUACACGGAGCGGCAGCGGCGGGACUUCCUGAGUGAGGCCAGCAUCAUGGGCCAGUUCGACCACCCCAACAUCAUCCACCUGGAGGGUGUGGUGACGAAGAGCCGCCCCGUCAUGAUCAUCACGGAGUUCAUGGAGAACUGUGCGCUCGACUCCUUCCUCCGGCUGAACGAUGGGCAGUUCACGGUCAUCCAGCUGGUGGGAAUGCUGCGAGGCAUCGCUGCCGGCAUGAAGUACCUUUCGGAGAUGAACUACGUGCACCGGGAUCUGGCUGCCCGCAACAUCCUGGUCAACAGCAACUUGGUCUGCAAAGUGUCUGACUUUGGGCUCUCUCGCUUUCUGGAGGAUGACCCAGCCGAUCCCACCUACACCAGCUCCCUGGGAGGCAAGAUCCCGAUCAGAUGGACGGCUCCUGAGGCCAUUGCCUACCGCAAAUUCACUUCGGCCAGCGACGUGUGGAGCUACGGCAUCGUUAUGUGGGAAGUGAUGUCCUACGGGGAGCGACCCUACUGGGACAUGUCCAACCAGGACGUGAUCAACGCAGUGGAGCAGGAUUAUCGCCUGCCACCCCCCAUGGACUGCCCCACAGCGCUGCACCAGCUGAUGCUGGACUGCUGGGUGCGGGACCGCAACCUGCGGCCCAAGUUUGCACAGAUCGUCAAUACGCUGGACAAGCUCAUCCGCAACGCUGCCAGCCUGAAAGUCAUCGCCAGCGUCCAGUCUGGCAUCUCCCAGCCGCUCCUGGACCGCACCGUCCCGGAUUACACCACCUUCACCACUGUGGGAGACUGGCUGGACGCCAUCAAAAUGGGACGGUACAAGGAGAACUUUGUCAAUGCCGGCUUUGCCUCCUUCGACCUGGUGGCGCAGAUGACUGCAGAAGACCUGCUGAGGAUAGGGGUGACACUAGCAGGGCACCAGAAGAAGAUCCUGAGCAGCAUUCAGGACAUGAGGCUGCAGAUGAACCAGACGCUCCCGGUGCAGGUUUGACCACAGGGGACUCUGCAUUGGAACGGACCGAGGGAACCUGCCAACCAGGUUCAGUUUGCGGUGCAGCCCGGCUUCCCGUUUCCCCCUUCACACGGCGCUCCUCUGCCUCGGACGGUCGCCUGGGACGGGACGGGCCACCCUUCCCUGGAUCGGGGGCACUCAUGCCGAGAGGGAGCCCAGCUUUUCGUCCCGUGUCCUGGAGCGGCGAGGCAGCAACGCAUCUUCAUAUUGAAGAUGGAUUAUGGGACAGAGAUGGCACAUCCCGCUUCCCGCCCUGUCUCGGUGCUCAUCGGUUUGAAGAGUUGUUCUGCUUCUUGGAUUUCUUUUCACCCCAUUUUUCCCCCAAGUCCUCACUUUCCUCCCCUCCCCGAGGCCACAGACUGUUGACCCGUCCGCUGAGUCCGUCAGACACGUCCGAAGCCUUCCCUAAUUCUGGUCCCCACGUGGAAGCAGCCAGGGGAGGCCAAGCCGGCGACAGGGCCGGGGCCAUCGGCCCCAGACAAUCACUCCUCUCCUCCAGCCCUGGCGGCCCCUCCGCGUGAGGGUCUGCACUGGAACGUGUCCGAAGGGAAGGCUUCACUCCCUUUCUUGGCUUUGCACGCCAGAACCCAAACCCCAUGAGAUUUUACUAUGCAGGGAGUUAGGCAAAAAAAAAAAAAAGUGAAAAAAAAAAGAUAUAUUAAAAAAAACAAGAGGGAGCAGAAAGGGGAGGGAGGGGGACCAGGCGCCCGGUUCCACAUCUCUUACCCUCUUGGUUCUCCUGGCCGGCUCUGGACUGCAGAGCGAGGCCAUCAGCACGUUUGCACAGGGACCCUCCGCCCCCGGACCGACGGCAGCCGCGCUCCCCCCGAGGGGCCGGAGAGCGGGGCUGGGGCGGGGGCUGCGCCGGGGGCUGAGGCCCGGCCUCCCCCAGUCUCCUCUUUUAUGCAGAAGGAGCGGGUGCCGCCGGCGUGGCCGCCCCGCUCCUGACACACGCUGUGAUUGCUGCCAAAAGACUCACUCACCUUUCCCUGAGGAUUCACUGCAGCCCGGUUCCUCCAAGCCGAGGGAGAGACUCCCAGCGUGCCUGAGUGUGCGUGAGUGUGUGCAUGCGUGUGUGGGUGUGUGCUGGCCGGCAGGACUGUGUGAGGCAAUGGGCAGAAUAAAGGCAAUAAGAAUUUUACCAGAGUUUCCUUUGCUCGAUCGUGCUCUCCCCGCGGCGGGCCCGGCUGCCUGUGGCUUCGCUGCCCGCCGCGGUCUUCCUCCUCCUGGCUGGCCCCAGGCUGGCUCUGUGCCCCUCUCUGCUCCCCUCUUCUCUUGCUGUCAUGUAUUCGGGUGGUCCCGCAGGGUCCCUUUCGGCCAGGCAGCGAUACUGUACCACCCUGCAGUGCCCGAGGAACCGGCGUGCUCCCCUCUGGGGUGCCUUGGGUGGAGGUUACGAGUCCCAGGGCAGAGCCAGCUGUGAAACUCCAGCUAAUGCACUUGGAGAUGCUCAUCUUCCCUGCCCCCCCAUCCCCUCCCCAAGUCAAGCUGGAGCUGUGGGAACCACCCUGGUACAUGAAAACCGAGUGGGGGGAGCAGCUGGGCUCGCUGCCCGUCCCACCGCCAGCGGGUCCCCACGCCCCCGGGGCUUUUCCACAGACCGCAGGUCCUCUGCUCUCCCCAGGCAGGGUCCAGCCCUGCGCAGGAGUGUUGCAACAGCCACCGGCCUCCCUGAAUCACCGUCCGCGAUGCGAAAUGGCAGCUGCUGAGCCAGGUGGGAGCACGCCAGUGCAGGCAGGAAGGUAACCCCCCCUCCAGGGGCUCCUGUCCCUGGGAGAGCUGGGCCAGGGGGUCCCCAUGCUCUCAGCCCCGGGGGGACUGCUCCCUAGUCACUGAGGGGGACCCUGGGUUGCUCGUGCUGGGGGGUUUCAGGUCCUAACACCCUCUCAGUUGCAGGCCACCUCGCUGGCUUGCUCACAGGCAUGCUUUGCUGGCGGUGCAGAGGCACAAGUGGGUGCUCCCAGAAAUGUGGGGGUGCAUCCCUGCACUCCCCCGGCACUCAGCCCCGCUCCCCUCCUCCCCGGGCUGGCAGAGCAGGUGCUGUUCUUCCCCUUUCCUUGAAACUUGCUGCCCUUGGGUUUCUCAUUAACCCAGUCCUCUUCCCCCGGGAACAGCAAACAAAGCCGGGAGGGCGGCCGGCAGCAGGUCCUGUGCUGGGGAACGGGCUCCCUGCAUCCCACCGUCCCUCCGAGGGAUGUAUCGGGGAUGCUGGCUGCCAGGGACACUGCACCCCUUUUUCACUGGGGUUUCCCGGCUCUGCCCACCCUGGCUUGCCCCACGCUGUGGCUGCUACCCGGCCCCCGCCACGGUGGGACCCCAAACAGCAGUGGGGCAGACCCCCCCCCCCCCCAGGCCAGGCGAAGCACCCUGGCGUUGGGAGGCUUUUAAGAACAGGUGGUCAAAUAGGUGUCAAAGCCUGCUUUGGGCUUGCUCGCCCCCUCAGACUCCCCCAGCUGGAAGCUCUGUGGGGCUCAGGGGCUGCUCCUGCCGCCCUUGCUCCCCCAGCCCUGGUGCUGCAAGGUUUGGGGCCCCACCGGCCCCAGUGCAUCCCAGGCAUCCUCAACCCUCCAUCCUGGUGUUGCUUUGGGGGGGGUUUCUACUUACUUUAAACAGCCAACCCACAACAAACCCCUUCUCCCAGCCUUCUCCGUGCCCACCCUGCUCCCAUGGGGCAGGACACAGCAUCCCUGCAGCCGGCCCCGAGUCUCCCCCCAGCCUCGGCCCCCCACGCUGCCUGGUUUGCACCCAGGGCUGCACCCAGCGGCUCUUCGCGUGCUGUACCUGCCACCUCCCUUUUUAUACAGAUACGUAUAGGGGUAAAGCUGUGUUCGAUGGUGAAAGAAAAGCAACAGUGAAGAACAGCAG